AUGGCGAAGUACAUUCUAAAGUCAUGCUGUGCUUGUGGAUCUUUGAGGACAGGAACUAUAAUAUCUGGUGUUACAGCAAUAUUGCUCUCUAUCAUCGGCAUCAUCAUUGUUUUAGCAGUAAGAGUUGAUAUCAAAACUGUUGUGUUCGAUUGGCUACCAAAAUGGGCAGUUCAAGUGAUAAUCGUACUGAAUUUGGUAAUGACCAUCAUUCUUUCUACUGUGAUGAUCAUCGGUGUUGUCAGGCGGAAUUGGUAUAUGAUGAUACCAUGGAUAGUUCUUGGAGGUAUGCUGGCUAUUGGUCUACUGGUGUCCAUCCUCUACAACAGUAUUGUAUUUUAUAUUGAUGGAGACAACCUGAAUGGGACACUCUGGUUGGUGUUGGGAUUGAUAUCUUUCUUUGUGUACUGUUAUAUGUGGUACGUAUCGUUCAGCUACUUCGCCAAUCUGAGGGAAGAGUCAGAAAGGGGAGCAUACUCCAAGGAUCCAUUCAGGCGCCAACGGAUAUAA